GGGGAAGCAUGUACAAUAGUUUUACUGGAUGAUGAUCAACGUGGUGCUGAAUACCUACCCACAAAUGAGAUACCACUUGUGGUUUUCUUUGAACACUAUUAUAUGCCAAAUGCUGAUAUUGAACUGCCACAAAGAAUCCAGCCAGGGUUUCCAGUAAAGUUUGCAUCUUAUGACAUAGUGACGGCACAGCUAACCACUUACUUCAACUCCUUUAAGAUUUAUGGACACUCAGCUCUCAUGUUUUAUAGCAUGGAUGAAGAUGGAAGUAUGAAUUUUCGAAUGGUUGAAAAUAUUGGGAAUGUGGUUAAUAUCCAUAUGUUUUUAAUGGCCAAUGAAGAUGUUGCAAAAGCUAUACAUUACAAUGAUGAUUAUGAACACACAUCUUCUAUAGACUUUUACGUGAUAUAUCUAGUACAGCCUCAGUGUUCUGUAUGUAAUGACCCAGUUGGAGGACAAUGCUACAGGACAUCAGAAUGCGUCUGCCACACUGGAUACACAGGAACAAACUGUUAUAAUGAGACAACUACAACUACCACUACCAUGGCAACCAUUCCAUCCACAACGAAUCAUACUAUGGCAACCACUACUAAUACCGAGGCAAUUCAUUCAACAACAAAAACGACCCAAGAUGCUAUUGCAACCAAUCCAGCAACAGAGCCUACUACUGCCAUGGCAACUCAAAUAGAAGUAACAACCAAUACCAUGGCAACUAAUCAUACAACAGGAACUACUACCGUCAUGGCAUCUAAUACAACAACGGGGUCUUCUACUGUCAUGAUAAUUAAUUCAACAACAGGAAAUACUUCUGUUACGGCAACUAAUACAACAACAGGGAAUUCUACUGUCAUGGCAACUAAUGAAACAACAGGAACUACUUCUGUCAUGGCAACUUAUACAACAACAGGGCCUUCUUCUGGCAUGGCAACUAAUACAACAACAAGAAAUACUUCUGUCAUGGCAACUGAUACAACAACAGGGCCUUCUACUGUCAUGGCAACUCAUUCAACAACAGAAACGUCUAGUGUUGUGGCAACUAUUACAACAACCUGGCCUUCCACUGUUAUGCAAACUAAUAGAACAACAGGAAAAACUUCUGUCAUGGCAACUAAUUCAACAACGGAAACUUCUAGUGUUGUGGCAACCAAUCCAACAACAGGAAAUAUUUCUAUUGUGGGAACUAAUCAAACAAUAGAAGCAACAACCAAUAUCAUGGCAACUAAUCCAACAACAGUGCUUUCUACUGUUAUGGCAAGCAAUCUAACAGAAGCAGCUAGCAUCAGUACCAAGGCAACAGAGACAGCAACCGUGGCAACCAAUCCAAAAGAAGCUAUCACCAAUUAUCCAAAAACAGUGACUACCAAUACCAUGGCAACCAUUCCAAGAACAGAUACAUCAUCAACCACUGUGGCAACAUCUCUCAAUAUUUCAACUAUGCUGACCAGCCAAUCAGAGCAAAAAAGCAUCCCCGUAGCAACCCACACAAAACAUCCCAACCUAAUAACUGUUAUUUAUUUGAAAGAAGUUAACAAAGUACCAAAAGAAGAGGUAUACAUUCCAGCUAAGAGAAUAGAACAGGAACCAGUAGAGGCCAGAUUUGGCCCUGAGAUUGGAGUGAUAGGAGUUGUAUUGGCAGUGGCACCUUUAGUAGGUAUAGUUAUGUUAGAUGCUGUGACAUUAAUGAGGCAUGUGAAACAAGCAAUCCACAACAUAUCAUCAGUGGUUACACGGGGAUAACAAUAUUCAGAAUUUGAGCCAGUGACGCCUUCAGUGUAAGCAUGGUGAAUACUAGAAUUAACCAUUAACCAGUCUUAUCAACUGUUUAAAACAAUUUGGAUAUUUUCAACAACUUUUUCAAAUGGAUGCAAGUGGGUCUUCAGUUGGUUGCAAUUCAUAAAUAAGGCAUUAACAUGCAA